GGAGGCAGAAGGCCCGUCCAUUUUGCCAGCACGUACGAUCCCGGGUAGUCGACGCCGGUGGAAACUGUAAUUCCCGUUCGCAACGAGUUCGUAUCAGCGAGACAGUGGCUGUCUGUCGGCGGCGAUUCCUAGAGGGAACAACAUCGUAGAUAGCGCGCGUGAGAACCUGCUGCUCGGUCGACAUUGGUAGAGGAAGCCGUCGGAGGAGAAUCGUUGUCGCAGGGGCCGCGAAACACGUCGCGUACCCGGUUCUCACUCGUUUUGCUGGUGUGCGGUUUUCCAGAGAGAUAUGGCGGAGCUACAGGGAACCCAGGUCAGCCAGGACGCCCUGGCCGUUGCUCAGCUGGAGCUCGGUGGAAAUCCGAAUGCCCUAGCGUUGCGUAGGCCGUUCGAUCCCGUGGCACAUGAUCUAGACGCGACCUUCCGCCUUACGCGGUUCGCCGACCUAAAAGGAUGAGGGUGUAAGGUCCCUCAGGAGGUUCUUGGGAAACUCCUCGAGGGACUACAGGCAGACGAUGGUAACGCACAAGAUCAUGAACAUGCCCACUUCAUGCACAUGGCCAUUCCACGCAUCGGUAUUGGUAUGGAUUCCUCUGUGACUCCACUGAGACACGGUGGGCUCAGUUUGGUCCAGACCACAGAUUUCUUCUACCCGUUAGUGGAUGAUCCAUACAUGAUGGGUAAAAUUGCAUGCGCUAAUGUUAUCAGCGAUUUGUACGCCAUGGGUGUUACGGAGUGUGACAAUAUGUUAAUGUUGCUGGGAGUCAGUACAAAGAUGACUGAAAAGGAACGGGACGUUGUCGUUCCGUUGAUCAUGCGAGGGUUUAAAGAUUCUGCCUUGGAAGCUGGCACAACAGUGACAGGAGGUCAAACAGUUGUUAAUCCUUGGUGUACAAUAGGCGGUGUUGCUUCCACUGUCUGUCAGCCAAAUGAAUACAUUGUGCCAGACAAUGCGGUCGUCGGCGAUGUCCUUGUGUUAACAAAGCCUCUCGGAACUCAAGUUGCUGUUAAUGCCCAUCAGUGGUUGGACCAACCAGAUCGCUGGAAUAGAAUCAAACUUGUGGUUAAUGAGGAUGACGUGAGGAAGGCUUAUCAGAGGGCAAUGGACAGCAUGGCCAGGCUGAAUAGAAUAGCGGCCAGACUGAUGCAUAAGUAUAACGCACACGGAGCAACGGACGUCACGGGCUUCGGACUUUUGGGACACGCGCAAAAUCUGGCUAAACACCAGAAAAACGAAGUCUCCUUUGUUAUUCACAAUUUACCUGUUAUCGCAAAAAUGGCAGCGGUAGCGAAGGCCUGUGGCAAUAUGUUUCAAUUAUUGCAAGGUCAUUCCGCGGAAACCAGUGGCGGAUUACUCAUCUGCUUACCUAGAGAACAGGCUGCGGCGUACUGCAAGGACAUUGAAAAGCAAGAGGGAUAUCAAGCGUGGAUCAUUGGUAUCGUGGAAAAAGGGAACCGUACAGCCAGAAUAAUUGACAAACCGCGAGUGAUAGAGGUUCCAGCUAAAGAGAAGGAUGGCGAACUCUGGUAAAACGGUUGCCGUCCCUUCUUUUACCGACAUGUAUUUAGAAAAUACUACGGUCGAAACGCGCAUUUACACAAGAGAACCACACCUCACAGAUUCAGAGCACUGAAGUGGUGCACUAUUUUACAAAGUCUCUUUUCUUUAGAUACAAGAAAAAAGUACUGACGAGAACACACACACAUUCACACAUUUCGUAGCAGUGUCAAUUACAGUUUUUGUUCUAUAGGUUCAAGACGUGAUAUAAUAACAUUAAUGACUCUCCUAAUUAUGCGUUAUCUUUAUCGAAGUUGAACGGGGAUACGAUUCACUAUCUUUUUUUUAUAAUAUUUGUCAAAAGUUCGAGAAAGCGUUCGUAAAAUGUUUUUGGCGGUCUUCCGGGCGACGAUGAACGAUCAUCGAAGAACUCGAUGUUGAAGAAACAAUGGGGAAACAAUUCGAAAAGAAACGUUAAAAGUUAGGUAUAGUCUUUCUAGGAUUAAGACUAAAUGCACGUAAGUCUAGCCUCGGGUAGCACUAGGCUAAACUCUCAAUUUGCAUUUGAUUGAGCUGGCAAAUACACGGGCGACGAUUGGGUGCUUAAAACGUUGACGAACAACGGUUUCGAUUAACGUACGGACAAAUGAUAGUGGUUACAGAAGAUCUAUAAAUAUAUUUUAAGGGUGUAUACAGCAUCAAAAGGUUUUAAAAAAGCGAAUCGAUGUACAUUAUAAUUAAAUCCGUGAGUUCAAGUCGACACGGAUACCAACGCAGAUCAGAAAUUUGUAAGCAUUGCUAUCCCCCGAAUAAUAACGGCAGGCAUUCGACGCCAACGAGAUUACCACGAUUUGUAAUUCCGAAUCUAUUGUUAAUAUAGAACGUGUAUAAGAUGUCCAAUUGGAAGAUAAGGCCUUCUCUAGUUCUCUCGUUACAUACGCUUUUGAAAAUAAUUAUUAAAAAAAAGAAAGAUGAAUGCAAAAACAAUGCACAGGUCCUAAUGUUGUAUUACUUUUUCAUAUGAAUAAAGUGCUACUUUGUCAAUAAAAAGAAA